CAUCCACCAUGUCCGCCUGCUCCAGCGACCUGAGCUACGGCAGCCGCGUCUGCCUGCCCGGCUCCUGUGACUCUUGCUCCGACUCCUGGCAGGUGGACGACUGCCCAGAGAGCUGCUGCCAGCCCCCCUGCUGCGCCCCCAGCUGCGCCCCCAGCUGCUGCGCCCCGGCCCCCUGCCUGACCCUGGUCUGCACCCCAGUGAGCUGUGUGUCCAGCCCCUGCUGCCAGGCGGCCUGUGAGCCCAGCCCCUGCCAAUCAGGCUGCACCAGCUCCUGCACACCCUCAUGCUGCCAGCAGUCUAGCUGCCAGCCGGCUUGCUGCACCUCCUCCCCCUGCCAGCAGGCCUGCUGUGUGCCCGUCUGCUGCAAGCCCGUGUGCUGUGUGCCCGUCUGCUCUGGGGCUUCCUCUUCAUGCUGCCAGCAGUCUGGCUGCCAGCCGGCUUGCUGCAUCUCCUCCCCCUGCCAGCAGGCCUGCUGUGUGCCCGUCUGCUGCAAGUCUGUCUGCUGUGUGCCCACCUGCUCUAGAGCUUCUUCCUCAUGCUGCCAGCAGUCUAGCUGCCAGCCAGCUUGCUGCACCACCUCUCUCAGCCAGCAGUCCUGCUGUGUGCCCAUCUGCUCUGGGGCUUCCUCUCUGUGCUGCCAGCAGUCUAGCUGCCAGCCGGCUUGCUGCACCUCCUCCUGCUGCAGACCCUCCUCCUCCGUGUCCCUGCUCUGCUGCCCCGUGUGCAGGCCUGCCUGCUGUGUGCCCGUCCCCUCCUGCUGUGCCCCCACCUCCUCCUGCCAGCCCAGCUGCUGCCGCUCGGCCUCCUGCGUGUCCCUUCUCUGCCGCCCCGCGUGCUCCCGCUUGGCCUGCUGAGGCCUCCACUCAGGCCAGAAGCCCAGGAGCUGACAGGCGUGUCCCUCAGGGCCAGCCAGGCUCAGGUCCCCCGUAAAAGCUGACAGUCACGUCCUGCAUUGCUCCUGUACUUUGGCCAUUUCCCGGUGUCUGCUACUGAGCUGGACGAUGGAAGAACUGAAUGUCUGUGCUCAAUGCUGCAGCACUCUUGAUGGGGGUGGUUCUAGAAAGUUCCCAUGACAGUGGCCUCCCCUCCUUAUCUCCCACCUCUCGUGAGGGUCGGCUCAGCCUUGAUCCAUGAGGUCUCUGUCCCCCUGACUCAGAGCCCCAGAGCCUUCUUCGGGCUCCCUCAAACUGACCAAUAAAAGCCCUGAGACUGCAAUGGUGC